CUGCUUUGUGAUGUCUGAAACGUGCAUUAUGGCUACGAGAAGAUGCUGCGGUGCCUAAUUGCAAAAAUGCCCAAACCUUAAAUUAGCUAUUAAAAACCUUAUUGGGGUCCCAAGAAACGUGAAAAAGUGAGUUACAUUACUAUUAUCUUUCGUUUUUAGUAUGUAGUUUGUUGAUAAUACUGCUUAUGUAUUAUAAUUAUGUUGAAAGGUGUCGAGAGUAAUAUACUUAUGCUUUAGAUGUAGAGAAUGCAUAUAAGGCAAUGUGGACUCUGCUCUCGCUAAAUGUACUGUGACAGCACCGCACAAGAAGUAAUUUAUGUGUAAGGAACGUUUUCCUGGAACAGCAUAUAUCUGCGACUCAAAGACGUAUGAUAAUGCUGUCUCCAGAAAAUUAUCCGAAAUCACCAACAUCUCCUUAGUGAAGAAGCAUUGGGAGAUUUUUGAUGGCGAGCGUUCCCAGUGAAAGGCGAAUAUCCACAUUCAAAGUGCCACCUCCGUAUGUCAGUGGAUGUUAUCUCAUGCAUCAGAUUUACUUUUCAGAGCCUUCUAUAGAAGUGGCGCAGUUUGCUCUAAAUCCAGGUUACACGUAG